AUGUCGUGGAACAAGUCUGGCGGCCGUCGCUUGCCGCAACCGAAGGAUCUUCGAUCUCAACAGCCUGAGGUCUCGUCUCCAGCACCUUCGGGGAUACCCCAUCCCGGCAUUACCUAUUCUGGCCGGGGCCCUCGAUCUCAGAUUGCACGCCCAGUGAACUAUACAUCUCGAACACCCAGCAAGGGAUCAUCUCUAUCAGACACCGAGGAUGUUGGCCAGAUUACUGCACUCCCACCGACGUCAAAGCAGAUCCCAAGCCGUCCAAAUCGCCAAUCGUUGCUGCCGCGGCCCAACACUGGUCGUUCGCUAUCUUCAACCUCACCGGUGUCUUCGAUUGGCUCCCCAAACCAUAAUGAGCGCAUUCCCACCUCGCUAUCGACCCCGGAGGUCAACAACCCAUUCGCAUCUGUGAUCCGUCCACAGCCUUCUACCCCCAAACGACCUCGCAACGUUCUUCGCAGGAAGGCUGCGACAAUAGGCAACCACACCGGACAGAGCCAGCCUCAAAAGCUGAGCUUGGUGAUCCCACAAGAUUCCCGUUCCGAGGAAACCGCCCAGUCCAGCUAUACCCCCUUCUCAGAUUGUCAAACGCCAACGCUGUAUGGGCGUGCCUAUGCCCCAGAGCAGAAAAAUGAGACCAGGAUGGAGGAACAAGGACCGGCUGAGCUUGCUAGCCUUCGAACCACAGUUGAUACGCAGAACCUCCCUCCUGCGCCUACUCCUUUCUUCCCCUCCGCCAGCACCCCCUCGACAAGAUACUCCGAGUCUCCUGGGAUGUGGAGCCGAACAUCGACGCCGACUACCCUGUCAUCGUAUUCCCCAGGAAUCGUGCAGUCGGCUAAGCCUGGGCGGCUCAGACAACCAAGCCCAUCUCAAACGAGAAUGCCAUUCUUAUCGCCAUCAACUUCUUAUGCCAGCCCGCAAAGCGAUCGAGCAAGCCCUGUUAUACAAAAGCCAACAACUCCGGCGAACUCUUCUGGGCCAAGCCUCAAGUCUGUGCCGACCAAGAUUCGAGGCCCUCCAUGCAGCCCUCCGCCUAGGAAAUCUUCUGUGAACUUUAGUCCCCCGCAGAAAUCGGAUAUCAAUGUUGAAAGGGCUCACAGGGAAGUGGAGGAAGCAGAGAAGUCCCUGCACCAGCCUCGAACUACCACUCCUGCUGCACAACCCUCCGCACCAGAGAAACUAUUGACUCCUCCAAGACCAAGCAGAGAUGGCACCGAUCGGUUGACCCUACAACAAUCACCUGUGAUCCAAAGCAAUUUGCCGUAUGUCAGAUCAACGGGUCAUACUAGGCGCGAGUCGGCUGAGAAGGUCAUGACCGCCGAGAAGCUCAAGUCUCACCCAGCCCCGAACCGCUCAGCCGCUGCAUCGACCGACUCCGUUCAAUCAAAAAGUCUAUCUCGCAUCCCGACUAGGGAGACGGCGCCCCCAGUCCUCUCUCGAAAGUCACCUCGAACAUUGACCAAGGAGCCACCGAAGGAGAAGGCUCCACCCAAGAGGACUGAAACUCCUAAACGGUUUGGUCUUUUUUCGAAGAAGUCCAAGGCCGAGCUGGGUGAUAAUACAUCCGAGCCAUCUAAGCCAGCCCGAAAGGGUCCUGCGGCCGGAACGGGCCAUGAAGGAUACGGGAAAUAUUCACAGCGUGGCAGAAAGUCGAGCGUCAGCAGCAGCGGAACAAGAGCUAGGUCAACAAGCACGACGGCUCGAUCAGUGGCCAGCAGCAAGGGCAGCGCGUCCAGUCGCCCGGAGCUGGAUAUUGAUGACUUUCUGAUGGCCCGCCUGGAGCCAGUUAUCAUCAGUGGGGGAGGCAUGGACGGGGCGGCACUCUCGCGAACGCAGAGUGAGCAGAGCAUGAGCAGUGUUAGCGUUUCUUCCACUUCGAACAUGCCUCGUCACACCCCGGUCACAUCCUCUGCUCAGUCCACUGAUUCGUUGGCAACAUCGAUUGGAACUUUUGAAGCGGGUACCCCCAGUGAAUCGGGCUUGGGUCUCAUCUACUCGCAUACGAAGAGUUCGGAACGACGUCCAAGUAUUAAUGAUACUCAAAAGCUUGCCACGUCUCAAAUGCCUGUUUCACAGGGAAAGAGAAACAGUAUCUUUGCGAAUACCGAGGCUACCACAAUUCGAUCUUCUCUUUCCAGUCACGGUUCAAGCUCUGUGCCGACGAAAGGCAGAGCCCAUCUGGCCGAGCAACCCACAGAGUCUACCCGACAAGAAGACACACAAGGAAAGAAGAGUAAGACUUCGAGGUGGAACCUGUUCCAGAGAAACCGUGGCAAUGAGCAGAAGAGCACAAAAUCGACUGAGCCGGCUUCCUAUACCGCCCAGCUGCAUGCUUCAAUUUCACCGGUGGUGAACACUCGGCCUGUUGCACACUACGCAAUGGUCGAUACGGAUUCAGACGAGCUGGAAGAUAUCAUGAAGAAAAUUGAAGAUUCCCCGCCAACCGAAGACGAGUAUUUCCAGCAUGUGGCGGUCCCUGCGGGCCUAAACAUCCAGAAAAAGCCAUCCAUCCUUCUCCGGUCUCCACCCAAGCUGAACGGAGAAUUCCAGAGUUACUACCAUCCAUCUCCGAAGACGGCGAUGUUCAAUCGCAACCUCAUGCGACAAAACCCUGAUGAAAGCACUGAAGAUAACCGUCCCAGUCGACUGGCAUCUGUGGGCCGAAUUCCGCAGGUGGUUUCUCGCCGUGAUAGGUCGCACCGGCCUGCUGUGGACUCUUUCUCGCGGCCUUUCAGUAUUGCUGACCUGCCGAAUCUCACGGCGCCGGUGACGGAGGACUUGAAUAAUUUACUGCCAGCCAACAGCCCGCCUUCGAACGCAUACUCAGAUAUCCGAUCUGGUCAGCCUUUAGAAUGGGGCUACCCGUACACUCAGGCGUUCAGCGGCCCCGAACAAGCUAGCGCUCUGGACUUCCUUGCUGGACCCUAUUCGAGCAAUGAGUUCUUCCAUUUCUCUCCGAGCAGGAGCUCGCCGUCUUCCAGCAGCUCGGGAGCAUUGGCGGCAGUGACAGCAGUGGCUCCGAAGCCUGGAUCGGCACCGACUGAAGAUGAGGUAUGGAACGAGUACGACGACCUGAUUGACUACACCCUGUCUCCGGAAGAACCGAAACCGGACCCAUUGGCCGGAGAGGACAACAAGUUCGAAUUGGCAACUAAGGCGAGCAAGACGCUUCAAGAUGAGUUGAACAACACCGAUCAACUUCAAUCUUGCCUGCCGGCCGAGUCUGCUCGAUCGAGCACCAGCUCUGUCCGACUCCGACGGUCUAGGAUCAUGUCGGCGUUGCGUUCAUCAACCAUCGCUCCGUCAUCUCAACCGUCUUACAGUGAUCUUAUCGCGGGAUAUGCCGAACACAGCGACGAGCACUUGAAUGUUCCUGGGGUGUCUAGCCAUAUUGAGCGUAGCCCAUCAUCUGAACACCUUCAUGAGCAGCAGUCAACUUUUCUUCAUUCCCUUGCAGCUGCUUCUCCGCCUGCGCCAGCCCCGUCUGUGCACAGUUCUUCCGAACGUGAUUGGGAUGCCGCGACACGCACCAACAUGCGAUCUGCCUCAUUGAUGACCAGUCGCUGGUUGUCGUUUGGCCGAGUUCUCUUCAGCCCGGCCCACAAUCACGUUAAAACUGGUACUCAUGGGCGAAUUCUUGUGAUCGACGGUCUGGGCAAUGACGACUGGUCUUUCUAUUGCUCCUUGACAUAUCCUGAUGCAGAAGUCUACAGUCUGAGCGGUAGGCCGGUCUCUACCGCAAUGCCUCAUCCCGCGGCGUGGCAGCCACCGACCAACCAUCACACCGUUUACCACAUGGGAUUGGGGAACCCGCUGCCCUUCCCCAAGGACUACUUCACUGUCGCCGUGUUGCGAUUCCCCGCCGCCUGCUCCGAGACGAUCCUGAGCAACAUGGUCCAGGAAUGCAAACGUGUGCUCCGUUCCGGUGGCUACCUCGAGAUGAGCCUGCUGGAUAGGGAUAUGGUGAAUAUGGGAGUACGCUCCCGCCGAGCCGUUCGUCGACUGAAGGAGAUGACCUGUCUCGCAAACCCGUCUGUCAACCUCAAGCCGACCAGCGACAACGUCCAGCGUCUCGUCGGCUGCCAGGGCUUCGACAACCUGCAGCGCUGCAUGGUCCGGAUUCCCGUCGCCGGGAUGGUUGUUCGGUCAUCCGACUCGACCACAUCGUCGUCGAACAAAUCCAUCUCCGCGACUGCCACUACCCCAUCCACCGCGUUUUCGCUGCCCACCAUUUCCGUGACCACCGCUUCGGGCAGCCAGAGCAAAUCCCCAUUAGAAGACGACAACAUCUCCCUCGGGGAUCUGCUAUCCGAUCCAUCUCCCUCACCAGCAAACGACGAGUCCAUUGCCAAGAUCGUGGCGCGCGUUGGCCGUUGGUGGUACACGAAAUGUUACGAGGAUCCCGUCCUCCCGGACACGGGUGACGGCGCACCCAGCAUGUGGAAUGACCGCAAGGUCCUGCGCGAAUGCCAGAAGCGCGGCACGGGAUUCCGCAUGUUGAUAGCCUAUGCGCAGAAACCGAGUGAAAAGCGGCGCACGGCGAGCGUCUAG